CUGUCUGCACCUGUUCUUGGCUUCUUUGCAGGCUUCUCAAAUCUGACUUCCUUGCAUCUUGGUUCUUCUGGAUUGUAUGGAAUAUUUCCCAAAAAGAUCUUUCAGGAGCUAUACCAGAAUCAUUUUGCAGCGCGGUUUAUCUACAAGUUCUUGAUUUAUCCAAGAACAAUUUAAGAGGCAAAAUUCCAGCAUGCUUGCCUGAAAUGAGUCAGACACUUGGGGUAUUGGAUGUAAGAAGGAACAACUAUAGUGGGCCACUUCCUGAUGUAUUCCCUAUUACUUGCAAUUUAAAGACCUUAGAUCUCAAUGAAAAUGCAUUGACAGAUAGGAUUCCCAAAUCUUUGACUAAUUGCAGAGCAAUGGAGGUUUUAGACCUUGGUAACAAUCAGAUUCUUGACAUCUUUCCAUUGUUAUUGACUAACAUAUUGACAUUUCAUGUCCUUGUUCUUCGAUCCGACAAAUUCCGUGGGCACAUUGAAUGUCCGGAAAACAUUGGUGCUUGGCCAGUGAUUCAAAUUGUUGAUGUUGCUUCAAACAAUUUUAGCAGUGAACUGCCAAAGCAAUGCUUAACAAAAUGGCAUGGAAUGAUGGCUGUGAAAGGUUACACUCAUUUGCAGCUCAACCACCUGAGAUUCAACUUCUUCAAAUUUAAUCCAUCACUUUAUUAUCAAGAUGCAUUGACAGUUACCAAUAAAGGUCUGGAGAUGGAGCUGGAAAUGAUACUUACUGUAUUCACUUCCAUUGAUUUUUCAAGCAACCAAUUUUGUGGAGAAAUACCAAUUGAAUUGGGACAACUCAAGUCUCUUUAUGUUCUCAACUUGUCCAAAAAUGCUCUCGGUGGCCAAAUCCUUUCAUCUUUAGGCAACUUGCAGCAACUCGAGUCUUUAGACUUCUCAAACAACAGCCUGAAUGGAGCAAUUCCCACAUCACUUACUAACUUGAAUUUUCUGUCAUUCUUAAACUUCUCACAUAAUCAACUUUCUGGGAAAAUCCCAACUGGGUAUCAAAUUUAAACGUUUUCAACAGCUUCUUUCCAAGGUAAUAAAGGAAUAUGUGGACCUCCUUUUACAGAAAAUUGCACAGACAGCCAGAUAUUGUUGCCAAAGACACCUAAAGACAGCUAUUCAAACUUAUCUGACAUUGAGAUUGAAUGGGAUCUGAUCGCUGCUGAAAUUGGAUUUAUUGUUGUGAUUGUGCCACCUGUGUACAAAUGGAGGAAAUGGUAUUUCAAUUGUGUUGAGGAUAUUGCUUUUAGCAUUUUGCCUGUUCAACUUCUAAGGAAGUGGUUGUUAUGGAGGAUGGGUUCAAAAAAGACGAAAAAAUAAGGUGACGAAAUUGGAUGGAUGAGCCUCUCUGUCAAUGGUACUGGUGGUAGAGAAAUGUUUCCUUGUUAUCAAUCUGUAAUAUUCCUUGAGCUUCAAGUAAUAUAUUUGAGCAUGAAUUUUUCCAUUACUGAACUAGAUUUGUCUAUGUG